AUGGCAGCAGCAGCAAGCAAGCAGGAUGGUCCCUAUCAUAAGUUGGUAGAGGAACAGAGAGCUUAUUUUUUUACGGGUAUUACUGCUAAACUGGAGCACCGCCGAAAGCAGCUUCUAAAUCUCAAGCGGCUCCUAAUUGAGGAAGGUGAUGUUCUUACUAAAGCUGUGUAUAACGAUCUUAAACGAUCAUCAAAAUUAACACACUGUUUGGAACUGAGUCUUGUUUUUGUUGAGAUUGAUUAUAUGCUGGAGAAUUUGAAAGAGUGGAGCUCACUUGAACCAGUCAGGAAAACUUUCCUGUCACUUUUAGACACUGUAGCCGUCAUCAGAGAACCACUGGGUGUGGUCCUUAUCAUUGCUCCAUGGAAUUAUCCGUUGAGCCUCGUUUUAUUACCUCUAGUUGCAGCGAUUGCUGCCGGUAACACGGUAAUAGUGAAACCAUCCGAAUAUGCACCUUUCACUUCCGCAGCUUUACAUGAUCUUUUUUCACACUUUUUUGAUCCGGCAAGUCUUUUAAAUUUGCAAAGAAAAUUGCAGCGGUUUUUGGCGUUUGUGAGUGGUGGCGUGACUCAAACAACGGAUCUCUUGAAAGAGAAGUUUGAUCAUAUCUUAUAUACAGGAAAUUCACUUGUUGCUAAGAUUAUUAUGGUAGCGGCUGCGCACCAUCUUACACCAGUCACGCUUGAACUGGGCGGAAAAAGUCCAGUAAUCGUGGAAAGUGAUACAAAUCUGGAAGUAAGCUCUCGACGCAUUGUCUGGGGAAAGUGGACCAAUUGUGGACAAACUUGUAUUGCACCGGAUUAUGUUCUUGUCACGGAGACACUGAAAACAACAUUAGUAAAUGAAUUCAUCCUACGAUUAAAAGAAUUUUAUGGUUCGGAGCCUGAAAAAAGCGACGAUUACAGCCGAAUCAUCAAUGAGAAGCAUUUUGAUAGAUUAUCGAGUUUGCUUGCACGCAGCAAUGGACAGAUUUUGUACAAAGGUGGCGAACUUAGUCGUAGUGACUUAUUUAUUCCUCCAAUCAUAAUUGCUGUUUCUGCAGAUGACGUGUUAAUGGAGGAUGAAAUAUUUGGGCCUAUCUUGCCGAUUGUUACUACCAAUGGUUUUGAUGAGGCAAUCAACUUUGUUCGAUCGAGAGAAAAACCACUUGCUGUCUAUCUUUUUACUAGAUCUGAAAAGAAAGUGCGGCAAUUAUAUGCGGAAACUUCAAGUGGUUCCGUAACUGUGAAUGAUGUUACAUUUCAGUUUAUCAUUGAUACGCUUCCAUUUGGCGGUGUAGGCCAAAGUGGUAUGGGCAGAUAUCGCGGAAAAUUUGGUUUCGACACAUUCAGUAACCAUAAAGCACUGUUAAUAAGGGGUUUCUUUGCUGAUGCUUUAUUUGCCAUGCGAUAUCCACCAUUUACGGACAAAAAAUUCAAAUAUCUUAAAUUGCUAAUAGAACGGAGACGUUCAUUACCUAGUUCACUUCCUAGUUGGCUUAUUCGUAUUUCAUUUCUCAUUGCUGGUGUUGUCUUUGGUGCUGUGUUACAGGUUGACAAUGUGUGCUACCUGAUGGCUAGGAGUGGGUGGGGAAUUAUGGGAAAGGGGAAGGGUCAGUUGGGUCGUGCGAUGAGUAAUGCGGAAUGCGAUGAAAAAGGGUUAGAUUCUAAAGUUAGCAGUUUUCUUUUGCGAGAUAGGAAGAAAAGGAAGGAAGAUGGGAGAGAUUAUCCUGAGGAAGUGCUCGUAUGCCGUCCAUCAUUCAUUCACAUUCAUCGAUUUGAAAAUGAAAGCUCCUUAGAAGGACUAACUCUGAAAAUGGCCCUCGAUGACGAUCAGAAGAACUGGAAUAAGGAAAACAUCCCAAUCAAUAGCGACAAAGCAACAUAUUGUCAAAUUUCACAAAAUUUCAUGCAUGAAAUAAGACAAGAGGUUACUCGACAAGUGCUUGCUGAACUUACGAUAAAGAAUUUGGAUGAAAGCGAUGAAAGUGAUGAAAGAGAAGUUUGUCCUUUGAAUGAUUUUCAAAAUGGUGAUGAGGCAAGCACUAAUGGAACUAGAAAUGAACAGGCUGGAACAGUUAGUCAGCAGCCUGCUGAAGAUACCUCAAGUGAAGAGUCGGUGAAGUCUUUUUGCUCUGAUGAAGACUGGACGGUCUCUGAAAAGAUAUCACGAUCUAUUCAAUCAAAGUGGAAACCGCUACAACGGUGUAGAAGAUCCAAAUGCAACAGCAAUGACUUUUCUGAAAACCAAGAACAAACAGCAAUAAGUGAAGAUAAGAAAUGUGUGGAAGAGUUCAUAACACCUCCGUUGUGUACUAUCCCAGGAAUUGAAUUAGAAUAUAAGCUGGAAGAAUGUGAUCCGAAAGCUUUAUCUAAAAUCAUAUUACCGAAGACUUCAAUAUCAUCAGGAUUAUCUCGUGAAAUGCAAAUUCAGAGCGAACAACUUUUGGAAUAA